ACUGAAUGCGCAGACGUGUGUAACAGUUUUUACUUUCGGCCUGGUUUUUCGGCAUCUCCAGUAGUUGCUGUUGUUGUUGUUUGUUGUUGUUGUAGCUGGGAGGCAGUGGAGCAUUUAGCCAAGAUCUGUGCAGAUUGCAUAAAAUACAGACACAGCAGCAGCACCAGCAGCAGCAACAACAACAACUGCAACCGCAUUUAGCCCAGUUUUCUGAGCAAAUAUUUUCCAAAAGCUAACGACAAAAAAUCUCACACUAAAUCUUAGCGUUAUUUUUUCCUCCUCGUCGUUGUCGUCGCGUUUAACUGAAAUAAUAACAACAACGACAGCAGCAGCAACAGCAACAGCGACAACAACAGCAGCAACAUUAGCAGCAGCAGCAGCAACAAGAGCAGCAGCAACACCAUUGCCAGCAGCAACAUCUAGCCCAAAGGAGCCUUGUAUUGCCACCUCGACCAGCAAAAAGCCGCCAAAAUGCUUCCGUUCCGGCGUGGAGCGGCCUGGCAAACGCUCUUCCUGCUCUGCGCUCUCGCCUAUUGCAUAAAUGAAGCCAGCAGCGAGGGUCGCGUGGUCUGCUACUACACAAACUGGAGUGUCUAUCGGCCGGGCACUGCCAAGUUCAAUCCGCAGAACAUCAAUCCAUAUCUGUGUACACAUUUGGUGUACGCAUUCGGUGGAUUCACCAAGGACAACCAGAUGAAGCCCUUCGACAAGUACCAGGACAUUGAGCAGGGUGGCUAUGCCAAGUUCACUGGACUCAAAACGUAUAACAAGCAGCUGAAGACCAUGAUUGCCAUUGGUGGGUGGAACGAGGCCAGUUCCAGAUUUUCGCCAUUGGUUGCGAGUAACGACCGCCGGCAGCAGUUCAUCAAGAACAUCCUGAAAUUCCUGCGACAGAAUCACUUCGAUGGCAUCGAUCUAGACUGGGAAUAUCCAGCUCAUCGAGAGGGUGGAAAAUCACGGGAUCGCGAUAAUUAUGCACAGUUUGUCCAGGAACUGAGGGCCGAAUUCGAACGGGAAGCGGAGAAAACUGGACGCACACGUCUCCUUCUGACCAUGGCCGUUCCCGCUGGCAUCGAGUACAUCGACAAGGGCUACGAUGUGCCCAAGUUGAACAAGUAUCUGGAUUGGUUCAAUGUGCUGACCUACGAUUUCCACUCUUCCCACGAGCCAUCGGUUAACCACCAUGCCCCGCUUUAUUCGCUGGAGGAGGACUCCGAGUACAACUACGAUGCCGAGUUGAAUAUUGACUACUCCAUCAAAUACUACCUGAAAGCGGGUGCCGAUCGUGACAAGCUUGUCCUGGGCAUUCCCACCUAUGGACGGUCCUACACUUUGAUCAACGAGGAGAGCACUGAACUGGGAGCACCUGCGGAGGGUCCGGGAGAGCAGGGCGAUGCCACUCGAGAAAAGGGAUAUCUGGCUUACUAUGAGAUCUGUCAGACCCUGAAGGACGAUCCCGAGUGGACGGUUGUGCAGCCGAAUGCCAAUGUGAUGGGGCCCUAUGCCUACAGACGCAACCAGUGGGUGGGCUACGAUGACGAGGCCAUCGUGCGCAAGAAGGCCGAGUAUGUGGUGGCCCAGGGACUGGGUGGCAUUAUGUUCUGGGCCAUCGACAACGAUGAUUUCCGCGGCACCUGCAAUGGCAAGCCAUAUCCGCUUAUCGAGGCUGCCAAGGAGGCCAUGGUGGACGCAUUGGGACUGGGCAUCAACGAGGUGGCCAAGCCAAGUGGUCCGCAGAAACCGUCAAGAUCUCGCAGUCGCGAUAAUGCCAACACCAGGAACCGUCUUAAUGGCAAGACCGAAGCUCCAGCUAGUUCCAGGCGACCCAGUGCAACCAGGCGACCAGCUGUGAGCUCCACCACACAAGCACCACCGCCGAGCACCACCUUCAAGCUGACCGAGGCCGAGGGAUCCUCCCUUUACAUUGGAGGCCGGGCAUCCACCACGCCACCACCGCCAACGACUCCGGAUCCGGGCUCGGACUUUAAGUGCGAGGAGGAGGGCUUCUUCCAGCAUCCAAGGGAUUGCAAAAAGUACUACUGGUGUCUGGACAGCGGACCGUCUGGUCUUGGUAUCGUGGCCCACAUGUUCACUUGUCCAUCGGGACUCUACUUUAAUCCUGCUGCCGAUUCCUGCGACUUUGCCCGCAAUGUGCCUUGCAAGACCAAGAAAUCCACCACAGUGGCGCCAGUGACCUCCACAACCCCGAUAACCACCACAGCGCGCUCGAAUCGAGUGACUGCAGCACCCACGGCUCGUCCAGUGUACCCACGCACCACCACCAGCACCACAACUAGUACUACGACCACCACCACAACAACGCCAGCAAGUGUUGAUGAGGAUCUGGAGUACGAAGAGGACACCGAUGAACUAUCGCCAAGCAAAUCCACUGAUGCUGAGGAGGAUCCGCAGGUGAUCAAGGAGCUGAUCGACUUGAUUCGCAAAGUGGGUGGUGUGGAACAGUUAGAAAAGCAUCUGUUGCGCAACAAGGAUGGAUCGAUAACGUUAAAAGAAAACUCCGCCAGUGGUGCAGCGACCACACCCUCUACCAUUAGCAAAUCUCUGUAUGAUCGUGUCCUAAGUCGUCCCGGAACUUUAAGUUCCUUCACCCGGAAUCGUUUGAAGAUCAGCGAAGCCACGGAGACGAGCACGGAAUCCAGUUCUUCGAGUAGUUCAUCGAAUGGUGCCUCCAACAGCUACUCCAAAUAUUCCUCGGUCCUCAGAGGAAAUAGCCGCCAAGGUCCACAAAACGAGGGCAUUGAAAAGUUGGCCGAAUUCGAUGGUUUCUUGAAGGAGCGCAAGCAAUAUGUGACCAUUAAUCGUCAUCGAUCCGCCAGUCAGGGAGAUGAGGAGGAGGAUCAGCAGCAAGAGGAGGAAAAUUUGUCUGAAGUUGAGACAACCACCCGUCGUCCUUUGAGCUCAGUCACGCCCUCUUACACAAGUCUCAGGCGCACAAGACCCACAACAGUGGCUCCGUCGGCAGGACAAUCCCAAGAGGACGUGGAGGAACAAACGCAGGCUCAGGUUAAAUCCUAUGCCACCUUGAGCCGCACACGUGGACGCACCACAGCAUCACCAGACGUCACGGAAGCGGCGCCUAGUUCGACAACUAAUCGUUACAAAUACUUUGAGCGCUCACGACCCACCAAGAGUGCCACCGUCGAGGAUGCUGAAGAUCCGACUGAGGACGAAGAGGAAGAGUACGAAGACGAGCAAAAGGAAAAUGUUACGGUACAGAGCAAACAAACCACAAACACACGUAAAUAUGCGAGCAUCGGCCGCAGAACAAGCACCACUACAACAGCAACACCAGAAACUACAACAACAACAACCGCCGGCACUGAGACUGCCAAGGCCAGCACCACCACCAACAACAACUACAAGAACCACUACAACAGCAGCAAUAACAACAACAAUGUGAAACUGAAUAACCUAAUACCAACAGAAGAGAACAUCACAGCGACACCCAGCACAACUGCCCAAUCCGAAACCACCACAACCACCACUAACGAAACCACUGAACCAAAUGAAAGCACCUCAACCACCAUCACCACUACAUCCAUAACUAAUAACCUGCAUACCACCACCACCACACCCACACCAAUUGUAGCAUCCACUGUUCCGACAACAACCACCAAUGGCAUUAGCUCAGACUCGUUGCUAGCCACCGAGCUGAGCGAAGCCUCACCCACCCACCUUCCUUCCAAUCCUGACUUAGCAACGACAACAACAACAACAACCACAACAACAACGGAACCCGAACUGGAAACCACAACAACAACCACACCGAAAACAACAACAACCACGGGUAACAGCGAACUGAAUGACGUAAACAACGUGGACGAGGACAGUGAGGUAACGAAAACCAAGACCCAGUACAAGUAUGCAACCACCAACCGUCGUCGCAUAACCACAACAACAACAACAGCAACCACCAACAACAACAAUGCAGAAGCAGCGAACGAUGCUAGUCCAACAAACGGUUUGAGUAGUUUAAAUAGAAUUAGAACCAACCCGGGCAGAAGGCAACCCCAACAAGAACAGACCCAAACAACAACCACCGAACCAAACCUUUCUAGUCCCAGACCCUUUGGUUAUCCCCGACGUCGCACACGACCCACAGCCAGCACCACCACCACCACUGUCCCCCAAACCGAUAACGAUAAAGAUAACAAUACCAAUAACGAUAACGAAACCGAUGAAGUUGCGCAAGUAGUGAAGAAGACACGACUAUCUCCAGGGGAUAGGCCCAAGGUGAGUGCCAGUCUUCCAACAGCAACAGCAAUCAACACACGAACCAAAACCUCCUCACUGCACCACCAAGAAUCCCAAGUAGAUGUAGCUGGUAACGGUGGCAAUAGCUUAAGGCAUGAAGUAGUUAGCUCUAGUUUAAGUCAAUCCCAAAACCACAUCGAAACCGAUGCUCCCAGCACCACCGGGCAGCAUGUCAAGUAUACUUGGCGCGGUGUGCGAGGUCCCACAACCCAGCGUAGAGUGGUCCACAAUUCCUUAGCGGGCGACGAUAAGGACUCACGACGCUUUGCCGGCAAGCAGUUGAACGCGGAAUCAAAUUUGGAAGAGGAGCUUCCGACCACCACCAAAUUCCGCAGUCGUCGCUUGAAUUCUGCCGAAGAUGAAUCAGAAGUGGCAUUGGAAGAAGCAACUGAAACAACAUCUCAUGGUUCCCGCAGCUACCAAAGCAUCCAACGCUCCGCUAGCAGAGCCACCACUGAUGAUUCUCAAAUCCACUACAAGGCCAUCACUCGCGACUCCGAAGGUGGAGCCCAUCUCACCGCAGGACGCAGUUCCAGUUUUGUAAGAAAUCUCGGCGAAGCGGCCAAAGCAUCACUGCCCCACCAACCUGUAAGCAGGGGUGGCCAGAUUGUAGAAAACACCACCGAAGAUGAAAAUGUGGCUGCUGAGAUAAUCGAUGAUGAAAAGAGGGGAGAGACCAAGGCGCCUGCUGGAAGUGAAAAUACAGACGAUAGCAACACGGCCACCGAACAGGAAUCGCCAGAAAUUGUCACAGUAGCUGCACCACCACAAUUGGAGGUCACCACCCAGCCUUCAGAAACGUCAGAUGCUAGCAGCUCUUCAGAGGCAUCUGUUAGCAGCUCUACAGAAGCACCUGUUAGCAGCACCACUGAGGCAUCUGAAGAAAGCAGCAGCAGUUCCACAGAAUUGUAUUCCUUCGAUAAAGAAUCUAAGGAAGCGAUAGGCACAGAAACCGGCAACCAGAUAAUUUCGGAAAACAACAACGAAGUAUCAUCGACAGCAGCUCCUGUACAAUCUGAAGAAUUCAGCAGCACCGAGUCAAAUUCAGAGGCUUUUGAAAAAGAGACUGCCACAGAUAUCAGCGAAAGCUCUACUGAAUCACCUGUCAGCAGUACUGAAAUACCAGAGAGCAGUAGCAGCACUAGCACCACUGUGAUCCCCCAAGAAGAAACCACGACAACUACAGAAAAGUCCACUCGACGCCCUUUCAACCGCUUUAGCUCAACCACACCUGAAGCUGCGCCAGAAGAAGAAACCACUUCCACUGCGGGUCCAAGACGACGUGUUAUAGUGCGCACUAGAACCAGUACCACCGAACCAGAAAGUGAAGCCGAGACAACCACAGAAGGAUUGAAACGACGCAGUUUUUACAGAUCCAGCACCACAGAUGCGCCCAGCAGCACCACUGAAGGAGAAAGUGAAGGCCAGACAACCACAGAAGGACCGAAACGACGAGGUUUUUACAGGACUAGCACUACAGACUCACCUAGCAGCACCACUGAAGCGGAAAGUGAAGCUCAGCCAACCACUGAAGGGCUAAAGAGACGAACCUUCUUUAGAUCUAGCACGACUGAGGCACCUAGUAGCACCACAGAUGCUCCUAGCAGCACCACAGAAACAAAAAAUGAAGCCGAGACAACCACCGAGGGCCCAACGCGUCGUUCGUUCUUUAGAAGCAGCACCACUGAAGCUUCAAGCACUGCUUCAACGGAAGAUACCAAUAGCAGCUCAGUUGGCGAUGAGGUCGAACCAGAUACAACAACCACUCGUCAUUCGCUUUUCCACAAUAAAACACCGAGCACCACGGAAGCCACAACCACAACAACUGCAGAAGAAGCCGAAGUGAGCAGCACCACUAGACGUAGUCUCUUCCGUACCAGCAGCACCACAGAAGGCACGACAACAACAACCACUACCACGGAAGGAGCGAAGGAGAGUGAAGACGAGAGUGAGACAACCACUGCCCUGCCACGACGUCGGGUAAUAGUCAGAGGCAGUUUUAGGCCACGCAAAGAGGGAGAUCUCUCCUCUCUUCUUGCGGCAGAUGCCAACAAAAGAGCCAGGAACAACCACAGCACCACAAGCACCGAGACACCUGAUGCACAUUCGUCUUCCUCCAAAGAAGAGGAAACUGAGCAAAGAGUGGAAAAGGUAUACGGUGGUCGCUCUUCGUUGAACGCCGUUCGCAAUCGCACCACCACAAAAACCGAUAACCUGGGCAAUGGAAUCACCCGCACUCGCACCACCUACGUGCGCACCCUCGACGCGGGCCAGAAGGUGGUGAAGCGCAUCCACACCAAAACCGUGGAGGAGAAACCCGCCGAAUAUGAGUACAUUAUCGAUGAAGUGACCCACCCACCACCGCCGAGCACCACCCCUCGCACGGUGACUCGCAAUCGUGGAUCCGUGCGCUUCGAGAGCAACGAUCUUUCUUCGCUGCUGGCCUUGGACUUUUCCUCACGCAACAACCGCAAGAAACAGGGCCAAACGGAAACUACGGUGACCAAAACGCGAAGACGUCUCCUAAAGAAACCCAAGGAGACCAUCGAACACGAAGAGGUUGAAGAAUUUGAGUAUGAAGCUGGUCACGAAGAUGGUAAUGAAGUGGAAGAGACGCCACAUGUAAGCACCACAGCCAGGCCCAUAAUCCGUAGGACCAGACCCACGAGAGGCAGUACAACAACCACCACCACUGAAAUACCAAACGAAAUAGAGGCCAGCACUCGCAGGGCAAGCUUUGCCUUUAAGCGACCCACGAAGGCCAGCACAACCACUGAAGAACCAACUACUUCCUCUACAGAACCCACCAUCGCCUCAGAAGCCACCACCAGGAGAGUCCUCGCCUUUAGAAGACCAGUGAGCACCACAACCACUCCAGCUCCAGUUGAAGACGAGUCUACAGAAGAAGCGUCCUCUUCCUCCGUAGAACCCACCACAAGGCGAGUUCUGACCUUUAGAAGACCUGUGAGCACAACAACCACUCCAGCUUCAAUCGAAGACGAGUCUACAGAAGAAGCGACCUCUUCCUCCGUAGAACCCACCACCAGGAAAGUUCUCACAUUUAGAAGACCCGUAAGCUCAACAACCACUCCAGCUCCAAUUGAAGAGGAGUCCACAGAGGAAGCAACCUCUACCCCCUCAGAAUCGACCACUAGAAGAGUUCUCGUCCACAGAAGACCCCUGAGGACAACAACCACUCAAGCUCCCGUUGCAGACGAGUCUACUGAAGAUCAGUUGGCUGCGGCCAAGGAGCAGUUUGUAAAUCGCCUCAGAACCAGCACAACCACGACAACAACCACCACAGAAGCAACAACAACAACCACUGAAGAAGAUUUAGGCGAUCUUAAAAUACAGCUUAGCAAUGCCAUAAAUCGGUUGCAGUCAGAGAACAAAGUAGAAAGCCAGACAAUCACUAAGGGAAGUGAAGUCACACAAGAUGAAGGCGAUGAUAAGCUUUCUUUACCGAUUUACCAUAGAAGAAAGUACUAUCAGUAUGUGAAGGAUUCACCCAUUACCUACAUCGACAAAUCUCCCGCACCACCAGAUAUUGAAAGUGUGACUGUGAACAUCAAACAGCAAAUCCAUGAUGUUUUCAAUGUGAGCGAAAACGAGACACCAACUAAUUCUCUAGGCGAUGAAGGCGAAAGCGAUGACCAUCGCCAGGCGAUGGAGCAGGCCAAGGAAAUUAAUGCCGAACUCGGUCAUUUUUUAUUGAAAACCCCCGGGUCAAAUUAGAGAACAAAAUCCCAGCGACAGGGAAAAACAUUUAAAACACUACCAUUGGCAACAGACUCAAGCAAUCAGACCUCCAAGAUUGUAAGCUUUUCGCUUUUAGAAGAAAAGGAAAGGAGCGAAGAAGAUGCCCGGGCUUUGCGCACCUACACAAGAUUAAACCGCACUCGAUUGACCCUAUCCACCAGAUUGCAGGAAAAUAACCUAAAUGAGCCACUAGAUACAACCACCAGAAGAAGCUACAGUGUUCCUCAGCGCUUCCGGGUUCGCUCCACCACACCUACACCGUCGGCAACAGAAAAUAGUGAAGAAGACAAUGAAGAAACCAAUGAGAAACCCCAAGAAGAAUCAUCAACCAGCUCUAUAAGAACCACCACCAGAAGAGUGUUCACCCCCAGAAGACCUAUUAAUGCAGUGGCGGAUUCAAACUCUUCUGAUAUCGAUAACGACAAUGAAGAGGAGUUAAAGGUGGGUUCAACCACAAGACGCACCUAUGCAGGCUUAAAUAGACUGAGAGGCAGGGGUAGCACCACCACAACCACCGUAGCCACCAGCGAGGAAGACACUGAUUCAACCACCGAGACCGCAACCACAGCAGCCAGAAGCACAAGGAAACCUUACGUGGGCUUUAAUCGCAGAGUUACAAGUACAAGCACAGAAAAGCCAGCGGAAAAUGAAAUCGAAAAUAUUGAAAAUGAGGAUGACGAAUCAACCACAGCCAGAAGCACAAGACAACCAUAUGUGGGUAUCAGGCGCAGAGUUACGACUUCGACAACCACAACAACCACUGAAAAGCCAGCGGAAAAUGAAAUAGAAAAUAAUGAAAAUGCGGAUGAAGAAUCAACCACUCUAAGUUCACAGAAUACCUCCGAGGCCGCAAUCCCAGCAGACAGAAGCACAAGGCAACCUUAUGUGGGCAUUAAUCGCAAAGUUGCUACUACGACAACCACAACAACCACGGAAAAGCCAACGGAAAAUGAAAUCGAAAAUAAUGAAAAUGAAGAUAGCGAUGAUGAUGAAGAAUCAACCACUUUAAGUUCUCAGAAAGAGGUAAUCGAUGAUGUCGUAGAAAAAAAGGUGGAUUCUAAAGAAGCUGAGAAGAAAACUUCUGAAGAGGCAGAAGAUAGUACCGAAGAGCCAGAAUUGGAGGCACAUAUAGAUGAUGACAAUGAGAUUCCCCUGCAAGAAAGUGGAUCUAGUACAGAAGCCACAACGACGACGACAAGUAAACCAGUAAGCAGUACUACAAGUCGCCAGUUGGUAAUUCGUCGCCGUUUUAAUGGCACCAUAAUAACAACAACCACUUCUGCUGCCCCAGUUGCCGAUGAGAAUCUGGAGAAUGAGAUCGACCAAAAUGAUACGGAGAGCUCAACACCAAAAGUAGCAACCACAACUCCACCAAGGCGGCAGCUUUUGAUACGCCGACGCUUCAAUGCUACCGCACCAACAACAACGACGACGACGACCGCAAAUCCCAGUGCCGACAAUGAAAUAGAUCAGGGCGAGGUAGUUACAGCGAAAACGACAGCAACAACUACUCGACGAACGCUUCUAUCACGUCGCCGUUUUAAUGCGUCAGCAGCCAUCACAACAACAACCACGACGGGAUCAACGAACGGCGACGAGAUUAGCACACGUCGUCCGUAUGCGGCCUUGAACCGCUCACGUAAUCGCUUCACAACACCAAGAACAACAACCACCGACGGUGAGGAUAAUGACGAUGAUAAUGACGAUGGUGCUGAAGAUGAGGAAGAAGAGCAGGUGGCACCGCCACGUGCCGUCUUUCUUCAAACAAACCGCCAUCGGGCUCUCCAGCCCACUCCCGAUGAAGAGGAGGCGGCAGCUGUGUUCCCGGCUCGCAAACCACCCAACUUUGCAGCACGUCGCACCACCGCAGCCCCACUGAGAGUUAGCUCCAGCACACGACGUAAUCUGGUGGCUAUCAAUAGAAAUUUGUACCACCGAGCGGAGUCUGAUGAUGAGCAGGUUCAAGAGGAGGAAGAUCCCCAAGAAGAAGACUACGAUGAAAACGAGGAUGGGGAGGACAAUCAAGAGGAAUCCGUAGAUUCUCAAAUCACAAGCACCACUGCACGUUCACGACUAAGUCAACUGCUUGCCAACAGGCAAAGACAACCACUCAGAACAACCACCCAAAAACCGACAGAGACAGAAACCACUCAAGAAAAAACAGACACGGACAACGAAGAGCAUGGGGAGGAAAAGGAUGAAGAAGAUGACGAUAGCUCCGUUGAGGUAUCGAACACUAACCAAACACUAAGCAACAACAAUACUCGGGGGGGAGGCACCACUAAUCUUAACUACCUUACUAACCGUAGCACCGCACUGAAUGUAGCUAGUCAACGUAGUAACAGCACCGUAGCCAAUUAUAUUAAUCGAUUCAAGUCAAACAGUUACACAAACAACAACAAACCAGUCACAGCUAAUCUUAAGGCAGAUAGUUCAGAUAAUGAUAACGAUGAUGAUGAUGAUAAUGAUAAUGAUAACGAUGAUGAUAAUGAUGCUAGUCUAGAGAAAGAGGGGGAAAAGAAAGCGAUUGGGGCUGGUUUGAAUGCCUUAGGUAAUGAUGUUAAUUCCACACGACGCUUUCAGAAUCGUUAUCAAUUGAGCCGCACCAGAGGCAGCACCACCAACACCACUCCAACAACAACCACAACAACAACACAAGAACAACCCUCAACAGCAACAACAACCACCGCCAGACGAUUGGCCUUUGGGGGCCGUCAACGCGCCCAGGUAACUAAACUAACCCUAGUCGAUGAGCAGACUGAAGAGACCGAGACUAAGGGUGAUGCCCACGAAGAAGCAGGAGAAGAUGAUGAUGAGAAGGAAGAAGACUCCACAGCAACCAGCACAACAACAACCACCAGCAGGCCAACACCAAAGCGCAUACGCGUUUUGAAAUUCCGCAGACCCUUGAAUAGCAAUAGCAAUAAUAGUACCAACGUAGAUAGCACCACUAAUAGCGCCACUGACACUAACCCAGACACCACCACCACAGCCACACCAACAACAAUAAGCCAAAGCACCACCAGCAACAACAACAACAACAACACUAGCACUACCGGCAACAAGCGUUUCCGCAAGAUUGUGCGCAAGUUGAGGCCCGUGGACUCAAGUACCGCGGCAAGUGUGGAUAAUUCCGACGAAACCACCCGUAAACCUUUCGUUCCCAGCCACACCAGAUUCACGGAUCAGGAUAAUGAUCUCGUCCAUCUCCGCCAGCGGAUCAAAGAGCAGCAGGCACGAGGUGAGCCACAGGAUGGGGUAAUCAGCAAUCGAUUCAAGACUCUGGGUCAAAAGGACGAUCAGGAUGUGUCGGAAUUGCAAAAGCUGAGAGACAAAGUAAAGGCAGAGCAGGCGAGAGGUGAAGGUGAACAGGGCGUGAUUAACGACCGUCUGAAGAAGCUGCUGGCCGAGAAAGCCACGAGCAACACCCGCCGCGAUGAAGACUCUUCCACAGAUGACCAAUCUUCAUCUAGUGUCUCCACGCCAAGGCCCUUCUUCAAACGCAAACUGGUGGCCCGUAGACCCUAUACGCCACCCUCGGCCAGCGGUGGCACCACCAAGGCCCCACUGGCAUUCAGCACCACCCGACCCACAGCGAAAUUCGUCCGCAAGAAGAACGGCCGCUUUGAUCCCUUCAACUCGAGUGUCCGCAAUCGUGGAGAGGGCUUUGUGAGAAGCGAUCCACGAGGCUCCAGAUUGCCAGGUUCCGAUCGCUUCAAGUCUCAGGGAAAUAAUGAGGAUGACGAGGAGGUGGAAGAACGGCGAGAGCAGCCACUGCAGAAUCAGUUUGCAACCACUCUGCGCAGACCUUUUGUUCCCAAGACGCGACCCACACUGGAGAAGUCGAAGCCACAGCAGGAAGAUGAGGCAGAGGAGAGCGAGGAAGAAGACGAGGAGGAGGAUUCCGAGGAGGAAGGCGAUGAAGAGGAGGAUGAAGACGAAAAGGAGGAGGAGGAGGAGGAGAAGCCGGUGGCGGUGGGAGAGGAGGAAGACACGGCCCAAGACAAGCCCAAGUUCAAUUCCCCAUAUAGACCCAAGGAUAACCGCGCUCCACCGGGCAGUCGUCCCAACUUUGGAGCCACCGGAAGUGGUGCCGCACCACCUACCGCAUCCGGAAAUGUACCCUUCAAUCCCCGCAAUCGCCCAUCAAGCUCGACCAACGCCAACAGUCCGCCAACCAACCGCUUUGGCAGCACAAAGCGACCCCGCGUGGUCAACCGACCGCCGGGAGUGGCCUCACCGAACCUAACCCUGAAACCCGUUGCCAGCGAUUACGAGCGCACCACACCGCUGACACUACUGAAACCGGCGCCAUUUAUACCCAGUAAUAACCGGAGUUACGAGAGGAAGUACACGGGUCCCUCCACGGAGGCCACCGAAACUUCCAGCGAGAACUCCCUGAUAGAAGACUUGAAUAUCGAUGCACUGAAUGCGAGGAACAAGAAGAUCUUUGACAAGCACAGCAAGAAGCAUCCGGCCCUGAAACCCAAGGUGGUCAAGAUGGAAUCGGAAACGGAGACGGGGGCUGAGGCCGAGGCAGAGGCAGAGGUGGAAACCGGAACAGAGGUGGCGGUGGAAGAAGAAACCACCGUGGAGCAGCUACUGCAGGAGCAGGAACAGGAGCAGGGCUUUGUGACCACCACACCCAGUACACCACCAUCACCACCACCAGCACCACCCAGCACACAGUCAGACACAGCCACCACCACAGACACGCCACCAGAAACUGAAACCGAAACCGAAACAGAAACUGAAACUGUAACCGAAACUGAAACAGCGACCAAUGCUAAUGAAGCCACUUCCAUCAAUUCACAGGAUCAAAACAUCUCGAGCACCACCCAAGCACCACCGCCGGCCACCACCCUGCUGCAUGUGUUCACCCUCAUCGAGGGCGAGGCCCAAGAAGAGGAGGCCACGACGAGAAAGCCAGCGGUCCGACUGUACCCCACGAUCCAAACGGAGGUGGUGCCCAAGCACAAGUUGAUUGAGAUCAAUCGCAUUGUGGAGAUCAAUUCCAAGCAGGCCAAGUUUGCCCAGCGGAAGUCCAAGGCCAAUCAGGACUUUGGCACGCUGCGGGUGGAGUCGCUGCCCCACGUGGAGCAGCUGGGCGAGAUCAGUGUGGUGAAAUAUGUCCAUCUGGUGGAUGGCAGUGACAUUCAGAUCAACGACGGACACAGCACAGUGGCCGAUUACACGCCCACCGAACCCACCUCCGCUGCUGGAGUCCAGAGUGCAGCCUCGGCGCCCGUGAGGAAUUCGCUGCCGGAGGCGGAAGAAGGCGACACCGAUCGCAGUGGCAAGUCCCUGGUGCCCGAAGUCCUAACUGGGGCAUUGGAGACCUCGACCAUAUCGCUGGAGGGACUAUUCGAUUCGGCCCGUAAGGGCAAGCAGCUGAACAGCAAUAGCAUUGUCGGGGAGACGGAGGAGAGCACCACCAUCAGCAGCAGUAGCAGUGCUUCGGAUAUCCCAUCCGGCGAGACUACCACACCGGCACCCACUUACCUGCGCCAACCGACGACUGCCAGCGUUUCGCGGCGACCGGUGUUGAGUGUCCGCCGGCGGAUUAUCAACUCGCCGACGUCGGCAGCGGUUGAAAUCACCACGCAGCAGCCUGCAGAACCACCAACGACCUCCAAAUACAACCGAAUGCGCAGCAGACCCUCAGCAGCAGCAGCAGCAACUACAACGGCGGCAGCGGCAGCAGCAACUACUGCCUUGCCAGCAGCAACAUCUGUUGCUGGCGGGAGAACCAGCAGCAACAUCUACCUGAACAAGCUGAAAGCCAAGAGCGGAGCAGGAGCACCAGCAUCCGGCGAGGCGGCAACACUGACGCCAACCACCAGCAACAUCGGCACUGGCAACAGCAACAUCAACAGCAACAGCGUCAACAGCAGCAACAUCAGCAAUGACAUCACACAAAAGCAACACAAGUUCCAGCCCGCCAGCUUCGCGCUGCGACGCCAAUUUCAGACGCGUCGGCUGACAACCUUCGCGCCGGCGGCCAACGGCGAUGAGAGCGCCACCGAUGUGCCGAGAACCCAGAAUCCCCUGUUCAAGCGCCGUCUUACCCUGAUUUCCACCACACCACCGUCGGUUCGCACCACCAACGUGCCAAAUUCUGCACAGGAAACCACCACCACUCUGUUUUUGAACGACGACGACGAGGAUCAGGUGGCCAAGUCGAGCAUCCACACCAGCCGCUUCAACCAGAUCCCGGAGCAAGUGCGUCCGCGCGAGGAGUUCGAACUGGCUUUGCCACCUGCACCACCGCAACCACUGAAGAGCACCAGCACUACCCCCAGCAGCACCGCCAAUGCACCACUGCCUGCUAUUAGCCAGGGCAUACGACGCCAGUUGAUACCACGCCCACGUCGGCCGCAGUCGACCACAGCCACGCCCGCCACCACGCCCACUGUGGGCUCAUCCUCGGGGUCAUCCACUCCAGCUGGACACUCCGCCCCCCCUCUGUCCCGUCGCCAGCAGAGUCGUCGUCGUCCGCACAAAUACAUCGAGGUCUACAGUCGUCCGCCGAGCAAAUCCGCCGUUAUAACGGCCACCUCGAGCAGUCAGUUUUUGGAGGAGGGAUUCCCGGUGGGGCAGGUGGUGAACCAGGUGGCCCAACGGAGGCGCAGCGGAAGCAUUGGACCGGCCAAGAGCGACACCAAGGUCAUUGUCCACGGACGGGGCAUCAUCGAGUGCCGGGCGCAGGGUAAUUUCCCACAUCCCCUGAACUGCAGGAAGUUCAUUUCCUGCGCCCGUUUCGAGGAGACCGGCGGAAUUGUGGGAUGGGAGUACACCUGCCCCAAGGGACUCACCUACGAUGGAGUCGGCGGGAUGUGCACCUGGUCGCCAUCGGAUCAGCCCUGCCGGGACUAGACUGAUAAAACCCCAGCCCCAAAAAACCCACAUAUGCCUUUAAAUCCAUUUACCCACCUCAUCUGGAGACAACCCCUUCGCAUCGAUCGAUAAAAAUACCAUUCCCCUUACCGUGUUGUAUAUGUUAUUUCCCAAUUUGUGAUUAGUUCUGCUGAGUUCUGGUUGAAAACGACCAAGAUUAUUAUGAUGGAAGUUGAAAUUCUACGUUAAUUAUUCUUAUUUAAGCUUAGUGAUAUCUCAACCCAAUUUUUUUGCGCCUGCCAACUCAGUAGUAAGCAAGAAAUAUUGUCUGUAGUUCAUCGUUGCUCUGGCACCGAACCACUCCCAUAUAUAUAGCGCUAUAUAUAUGUGGUUGUGCGUGU